AUGAUGAGUGAAAAAACAUUAGAAUAAAAUAUUUAACUAGAUAUUUCUACUAUGUAGAUGUACAUUGAAACAGUUUCUUUGAAUAUGGAAUCACUUAUUGAUAUUUAUUAUAAAUAUUUAUAAUAGAAAGAUGGAGAUGAUUCUGAAAGCUAUAAUAAUUUGAAUGAUUUUACUUAAAAUACAACACUCAAUAAUUUGGAAAGAUUGUAAAAUUAAUGGAAUUCAAUUAAAGAAAAAUUGAAUGUUGAAUACAAAGAACCUCCUUUUAAUAACUCAUUCUAAAUUUAUUUUGAUAACCAAAUUUUGGGAGCUAUUAAAUAAUAAGUACAAAAUCUAAAUAUUUUAGGUAGAAAAUAUAGUUGAAACAAUCAAUUAGCAUGCCCCUAAAUAUGAGAUUCAAGGAAUAGUUUAAAUUAAUACAUAAUAAAGUAGCUCUAAAAUAAUGGAAAUUGAAGAAGGUGAUAAUUGA